UGCGCGUACUCAGGAGCUGAAACGCGGAAGUGGGCGAAUCUCCGCUUGUGUUUCUAUGUGAAAACCUGUUAUGAAGAUUUUAGAGAGCGGUGUAGUUAGUUUAGCGUUGACUGUUUUAGCUGUUUUAGUCGCGAUAAUCGCGGCGGUUUUGCACUACAUGGAGAAUUCAGCGGAACCUGUGGACUAUAAAGGGAUGGAUGUGGCUGCACUAGAGGAAAACUUCAGACAAAAGAAUAAAAGUUGUUUUAUUCUCGGUGCUUCAGGAGAGACGGGAAAAGCUCUUCUAAAGGAAAUUGUGCAGCGCAAUAUUUUCACCAAAGUUACCCUGAUUGGGCGACGACAGCUGAGCUUUGAGGAUAAAGCUUAUGAAAAUGUGGUGCAAGAAGUGGUGGAUUUUGAGAAGCUGGACGUAUACGCCCAAGCAUUUCAGGGUCAUGAUGUUGGAUACUGCUGUCUCGGAACAACCAAAGCAAAAGCUGGAACUGAGGGAUUUAUCCGUGUCGAUCAUGACUACGUACUGAAAUCAGCAGAACUAGCCAAAGCUGGUGGUUGCACACACUUCCACCUGGAGUCAUCUAAAGGAGCUGACAAAACCAGCAGUUUCCUUUAUUUAAAUACCAAGGGCAAAGUCGAAGCAGAUGUAGAGGAGCUAGGCUUUGAGCGAUACUCCAUCUACAGACCUGCAGUGCUCUUGGUGAACAGAGAGGAGAGCAGACCAGCCGAAUGGGUGGCACGCAAAUUUCUCGGAGCGUUCUCCACCGUGUUCCCCACAGCGAUGUCCAUCCCUAUCACCACCGUGGCUCGAGCCAUGCUGAUCAACACACUCAUCGAGGGAGAGAGGAAAACCGAGAUCCUUGAAAACAAAGCCAUUAAUAACCUCGGCAAGAUCGGGGAAAAACAUUAAGCUGUGGAUUGUUCAAGUCGCAUGUAUCAAGUACAAUUGUUGCUUUAAUUUCCUACUCCAUUUAAAAGGGAUGUUUGGUGGUUUGGUGAUAUCCUGUUCAGAAACUUUAAAUUGUCUUGCAUAAAAUCAUAAGGGAUCUUUCUGUUCAUCUGUGAGCCUUUAACAUGAGGGUUAUGAGUUUUUCCUAAUGGCUAGGGUUCAGUAGAAGGGUUCGUAGAUGCGCAUCCCUCUCACAUUUCAUUACUUGACCCGGCUGUUUUGUGCAAUUCACUGUAUGACUUAUUUUUAUUUAUUUUUUUGUUUUGUUUUUUUACUGAUGAACAGAUAUUUUUCCUUGAAUAUCAGUUAAGGUUAAAUUAUUUUUGAGGGAAUUAUAGUUAGAUUAAAUAUGUCUGUACAAUACAUUGCAAAGUCUAUUAAAAAAUCCAUAAUGAAAAAAGAUAUUUACAGUUCUUUAUUUAAAAAAAAAAAGUUAAUAUCACAUUUACAUACAUAUUCAGAUGCUGUACUCACUACAUUGUUGUGUUGUCAUUGACCCCAUGCUGAGGUCCAGAGAGCACAUGCGCAGGUUUUCCUCAAGGAAGUCUCUAUAUUUUGAUCCUGACACACCUUUUAGUUCCUGCUGUUAAAAAUCAGUCCCUUAUUACUAUUCUUCUUCUUCUUAUUAUUAUUAUUAUUAUAGAGCUUCACUGUAGGAAUUAAAUUUUGAUAAAACUCUCAUACCCUAACAUAAAUUGAUUAUGCCAAUGAUCAUGAUGAAUAAAAUGAAUAUGCAAAUUAGUCUACAGUAAUGUAAGAGAGAACCGGCACUAACUUGUCUCUCGGACGCUCCACAACAUUAAAUCUAACUUCAAACCGUCUGCUUUGUGUUAUUCUUUACAUGGUGAAGUUAUGUGCAUUAACAUACUGUAAAAUACUGUGUAAAAUACACAAUCAUAAAAUCAUGGAAUCAAAACUGAAGCGUUUCCUGUGUGUGAACGAAAGACUGAAGGUCAAUUAUUCAUAACAGAUAUGUCGUGAUUAUCUGUUAAGUGAGAAGGUCAACGUUUUGAUCUAUAAAUAUGUAAUUAAUUAAUCCAAAAUAUUGUUUUGUUUGUUUUUUAGGUUCGGAAUGCAAAAUCAGAUACUGUGUUGUAACCAGGUAUUAUCUGACUCAUUAACUGUCUAUUUAAAUAAAAACAAACGAACAAAA